GUCAGUGUCAAGUUGUGCUGACUGCGGAAUCUUUCAUUAUCCAAAUUAGUAUGUAAUUGUAAAACUGUAAGAUGUAAGAACUUAUUUUUUAUCAGUUUGUAAAUACUAAGUUAAAUAUAAAAUAGUACUUUAAAAUAACACUUGGUGUUGUGCUGUGGAUAUCGUAUUCGGUAUUGAAAAUGGCAAAUAAGCAGGCAUUCGUGCCUAUUGUCGUCAUAUAUUUAAAGUGCAUAUUUUUCUGACGUGUGAGUGCAACAAAAUUGCAUUGGCCAUAUUUCUGGACACAUGAUGAUGACUUGAUGAGUGAAAUCAAAGUCCGAAGCUGUUGAGAGUUUUCUAGGAUGAGUAAAGCGCGAGCCGGGGUCCCUAUCGAACUUCACAUGGACAGCCUCAGUGACGUCCGCGAAGCUCUUAAAAAGGCCGACCAUCAAAAUGCUAAUUCUGACAAAUUUGACGACGCUCUUAUGGAGGAUACUCUGCAUCUAGGAGUCGGAGCACGGCUUAGCGCUGGCUCGCAGAACAACGGAAACCACGCCGGUGACUGCGAUGGAUCGUUAUCGUGGCACGAGAAAGUCAUUGUCGCUGUGGAAUCUCAGUCGUGUUCGGAGCUGGAGAACCUGUUACUGCAUCCCAGCACCGUUGUUGGUGAGAUUCAGCGGUUCGCCGAAGACAUUGUUAUAGCUGUAGCUUGUUCACUGUAUGAAGUCUCCUCGGAUUUUGAAUCUGUCCUGCAAAUGCUAAUGUUUCUCAUCGUGGAAUACGGUAAGCCUGCGGAGUUAAUCGUUGUCUUUCACACUUUUUUCGACAAGGACGAAUUUCCCGGACCGGAUUGUGCUACGUUUUUUCUGCCGAAUAUCCAGGCGACUUUGUUGAAGCUGGAAAAAUUUCGUCUCAUGGAACUGCAGUCCAUGUUGUCUCAGAUUGAUUACUUCGUUGCGGAUUUCCACUGGAAUGCAACAGCGGACGACGAUUUCACCUCGCUGGUGCAUCUGCAGUCGUUAGUUUGUGAUUUUGUCCAGCCGUUUGUAAAUGAAGUAUCUUUGUAUCGUGAAAGCUUUGACUUACCUCCCGAGAAGGAUUUCUCGGCGCUGGAAAUCGUGAAACGUUACCGCAACUGCAUAGCGCGUGCCUUGUUGCAUAUUUUAGCCGAACCCCUCGGAAUCAUGCCAGUGUCGUUUGCCGAGGGAUUUAAAUCGUACCAGAGAAUAAUCGGGCUUCUUGGGAAGGUAAUUGGCGAUUUCACAAUAUUCUCGCGGUGGUCGGAGUCCGAUCAGAACAGCCAUGAAGACGGCUACUGCGAGGAUUACCAGAUUCCCAUCAAUUCCGACAGUAUUGCCAAUCUGGCGUUUCUUGUCCGGUAUUGCGCUGUUCAACCUAACCAUUAUCCAUCACCACUCUGUGCUGUGUACUAUUUCUGUGAUAUCUUUGUGCCUUUCUCCAACUCGCAUGGAGUGUACGCCUUGCAGCAACAUGUUGAAUUUUUGAAGUGCCUGCUGGAUGAGUUGUCCGAGGAACGUUGGACAAUGGAUAAUGCUGACUUUUCUGCCUUGAGUCAUCUUGUUUCUGACCUGUUGGUACAGGCUAGCGCACAUCCCAAUUCGAAAGUCCGUCGAAAAAUCUACUUCGUUGUAUGUACAAUGUUCUCUCUUUUAAGCCCGAUGUUCUUGAUUAAUUUCGUAUUGACUGUGUGGAAAGAGGAGCUCAUGCAGUCGCGACCGAAUGCGCUGGAAGUCCUAACUAUGGUUGUUAAGCGUCCGAUAAUCAACCAGCUUCAACUACCCAACUGGAACGAGGACCACAUCACUGAGCGGCAGUUUGUUUGUCUUUUUAAAACGUUUCUGCAGACCAGACGGGAGGGAUCUGUGGCAGAUUGGGCGGGGUUGGCGUCGUCCAUAAUGGGAAUUUUCACUAUGAUUCUGGGCAUGGACAGAACUAACAGGACUGGUAUUUCGGAUUUAAUUAGUGGGAUGGAGGAUUUUUGCAACUAUUGGGAAACUGAAUUACGGGCCGGAUCGGAUGCUAUAAAAAAUGAUGCCUGGGUUGCACAAGAGGAAAGCCGUACUGAGCAAAAUCGGGCGUCCCGGGGAUCAGCUGGUUUGUCUGGGAACGAGAGUGUCGAAACGGUGGGGGAAAAAGUCGAAUCGCAACUGGCGUGGUCAAGUUUGAUUUCGAUGGCCGUCGACAGUUUACGAAAUCAGUUGGCUUUGCACCGUUAAAAGGUGUUACGUGCAUAUGAUUGAUGUUGCCUCGUGCUGUUUUACGUACAGUAGUUUGAUAAUUUGAUGGACUUAAUGAUUUUAACCUUAUUUUCUGAUUUGGUUCUGUUAUAGCACUUGUUAUAACAUAUGCACCCAGCACUGUUGUCCUUUGAUUUCGUUUCAGUUAAGAGUCGGUUAAUGUACGGUUAAUAACACGCGCAAAAAUCUAAUGGUUGCUUGCUACUUGUAGCAACAUUUUAAGAAAUUCUUG